UUGCAUAAAACUGUUUAGACAUGGCUGCCGCCAUAUAACAUCGAACACCUGUUGUAUUUCUGUACACGCAACCAUGUUACUGUUCGAUUAAUAAUAUAUAUCGUUGAUUUCCCAUGAUGGCAGCUACGAGAGAUGAUUAUAAGCUUGAUUUAGAUAACCGUAAACAAAAUGUUUUCGUGACUCAGUUGCACGAAAGAGAAUUUGAAGAUGAGGUCACUGCCUUCCCAGUUGUCAGCGAGUCUGGAGACAGACUUCUGGAAACAGGGGUCAGAACUCUGCAGAAAACUUUGUUAUUAAAGAAAGAGGUAGAGGUGGCUAAAGUCGAUGCAGACUUGGAAGAAGCCAGAAGACUCUUCAGGCAACGUAUGGAAGAAUGUGCACAAAGAAGAAUACGCAUACAAAAGAGAAGGCAGGAGAUUAAACAUCAGAUUGCUGACUGUGAUAAAUAUAUAAAAGAGUAUGAUGCUAAAAGAAAGAGAGCCAUUCAGAAAUAUCAAACAGAAGUCAUUUCAAAAGAACAGAAAACACAAGAACUUGAACAAUUUAAAAUUGAACUGGAGGAAUACAAACAAAGACAAAGAUACCUCAGUGAAAAAGUAGAGAGAUUUAAAAAGUAUUCAGAUUAUAUGAUCAGUGUUACAGAGGCUAUGCCAGAUGAUUAUAUAGCAGCCGAGGACAAGGUGAAAGGAUUAAUGAUGAGACAUAAAACUUUAAGUGAAUCUAACAAAGAUCUUAUAGAUAACCUAGUCAAUAUGGGUGAUGAGUUGGACACAUUACGGCAAGAGUUUGAGAAAGAAAAAUCAGAACAUGAUAAAGUUAAGAUGUCUAACAACAGAAUAUUAUCACAACUACAACAAAAACAUGACAAAACACAGAAUAAAAAUAAACAUGAUGAACAAGAGAUCAUGUUAAAUAAAGGAGAUCAAAGAGAAAAGCAUGCAGAUCUUGGUUUGAUCGUCAUGGCAAUCAAUAAUAUGGCUGAAGGUUGUAGAAAAUACUAUGACCCACCAGUAGAACAAAUGAAGUUUCAAGAUAAAUUACUGAGAAUCAAGGAACAUUUAAAAGACAGAAAAGAUGUAUCAAAGAUGGCAGGUGGUGGGAGUACUUUACAAAGCAGUGGGGAUGAAAAUAAAUCUAGACAUAAAAAGAAAACGUAGCUCAAAUGUGUAAGAAUGUGUGAAAAUGUGAGUGAAUGAGCAAAUGUUUUGUACUGUAAAAAAAUCACAAGAAUAAAAUGUAAAAUUAGUUCCCAUACACUUUAUAUGCAUGUAUAUUUUUUUUAUAAAAAAACACACUAAUUCAAACAAAAAGAAUUUAUUGCUUUUAAUGCUGACAUUUAAUGUUUUUUUCCUGGAUUUUUUUAAAAUGUUUUAGGUUUCUUGUUUGAUUUUUUUUUUAUAUGAAGUUUGAAUUUGUCCAUGACAUUUCGUACUGUAAGAUAUUUAAAUACAUAUCAAUAAUUUUAUGGUGUAUUUGUUGCAGUCAUAUCAGCACAAGGUGCUAAUAAAACAAUAUGAAUGGCCUCAUUGACAAGUUUUUAGUCUGUUUACAAUUGUUUUGAAUAUAAUUUUUUUAUACAAGUUUUCACUUUGUUUAAACAAAUUUUAUCACAGAUUUUGUUAUCAGUGUUGUAAUUUUUUUUAUGCUAACCCAUAGAACCAAAGAUUUUAAAUGUGCUAGAUAUAAUUAGACAAUAUUCCUAUACAAAUAGCAACCCUUUGUUGUUUGAAUGCUGUGCAUACUUUGGUAUAAGCAAUGUUGUUUUUAAUUAUUUUUUCCUAAUUUUUUACAAUCUAUAAGAUAAUAAUAUUUUGUGGAUUUUUCAUUUGCAAUUAGUUUAAAUUCAAAAUUUAAAAAAAAAACCAACCAAAAACAACUUAUAUUUUUUUAGCAGAGUAAAAAAAGUGUGGAAAAAAUCGUUUUCAUUAUUCUGCAUUUUUCUGACACUGCCGAAAUGUUCUUUUCUAGUUCGAAAAAUGUUCUUAUCUAUUAAAGUAAUCUAUGAUUUUUUGAUAAUUGAUGGUGCAAAGGAAAAACAUGUAUGUUGUAAUAGCAUUGGCAAUUUCUAGUUGUACAAAGUUUUAUUUUAGAAGAUAGAAAAGCUGAACAAUCCAUUCUUUUUUCAUAAAUGUCUUACUGUCCAUGUCUCCAGCAUGUAUAUUCAACAAAAAGGUCAACCAUGUAUGAUGUUUUAAGCACUGUUGAAAGUUUUUCUGGUGUUAACCUAAUUUUCAUGGUUCAGUGAUUCACUAAAAAUUGUUGACCUAUAUUAUUGUUAACUUAAAAUCUAAUACCUCUGUUGUGACCCUUUUUUUUUAGUUUGAUGCAUGUACUAGUUUAUAUUGACCAAACACUUUUUAUAUUAUUGUUCAGCCAUGAUCAGCUACACACAUGACAUUUUUAGUCAACUCAAGAGUAUUUAAUGUGUAAUUAAACAUAAAUUAUAAUUAUUACGUGAACCAGAUGGCAUUUAUGAUAUGUCUUGCUGUCCUAAAAAUAUUUCAAUCAGACUGAAUAAAUAUAAUGCCAGUGAAUUAUUUUUAGGAAACGACAAAAAAGUUUAUAAAGAUGAAGAUUUUUUCAAGAGUCAUUGAUAUCAGCUCAAAUGAAUUGUCAAAAAUGUUGUAAGACAUAACCCUGAUUAAAAAAUAGACUAUAUGUAACUAUUAAAAUUGUGAUAUUAUAUAUUAUUUUUUAUUAACUUAACUUCAACUGUUGUACUUCAUGGAAAUCUGUAUAACUUCAUAAUUCAGAUUUUGAGUGUUGUUUUUUAGUUACAAAAUAAGUCAAUGCAAAAUUUUUGAUGGACAAGAAAUCCACACUGCCAAAAUAUAUAAAUAUAUGUCAUAAAAUUUGCAUUAAAUAUUUUUUUUUAUUGUGAAUUAGAUAGAAAUUAAAAGCAUGAACAACUGUUAGUUUUUGUAGAUUAGGAGCUGUUAAAAGACAAUGACAAUGGUCAGCAAAUGGAAAUGAUCUAACCCUUUCUCUAUCAUAUGUAUAACAAUGACAUUUCUACUCAUUCCUUGACCCAUACAAAGGCUCCUUUUAUCAAUUCUAAUAUUUUUUUAGGGGGUGGAGACAGAUGCUUAGGUACAUAUUUCUGAUUAAUUCCAUUUUUUGGCGCAGACAGGAAAAGUUAUAUUUUUAAACAAGUUUGUGUACAUCAAGAAUUACAAGUAUUUGUGAUUUCAUUUUGCAUUUUUCCUGUUAACAGUUUCAGUCAUAAUCAAUAUAUAUGUGUAACAACAACUAAUACGCAAGACACUUGCCACAUUAUUUUUUUGUAAGAUGUAUUUUUUUUCAUUUAUUUACUGUUUAAGUACCAGGUUUGUACUGAUGUUGAUCUUUGAUAAAGACAUUUUUUUGUAGCAUGUUUUGAAAAUGAUCAGAUUGUUACCAGUUUCAAAUAAUGUAUAAAUAUCUGAUACAUGUCAAUUUUAUAUCACGUAUAAUUUGCUGUUUCAAAGUCUAAUGCAUUUCGGGGUAAUAAUUUAUCAAAUUGUUGUGGUUGGCUGACAAUGUCCAGAACAGUGGGAAUCUAGCAAAUUGUGUGAUGCUUCUUUUUUUUUUUUUUAGAAGCAUUGAAACUAUUCCUAGUUCUUUAGAUUCUGAAACUGUACAUGAAGAAACUUGUACUGUGGCAUAAAAUUUCAUUUCACAUGAUAUCACUAUCAAUGUUUUUUUUUUGGAUACAUUUGGAAGUUUUCAACAAUCAUGCUUCUUGUAGUGAAUUAAACACCAACAUGAAAUGGGGCAUAAAUUCCAACAGGGACAUCCAAAUAAAUGAACAAACAAUUGCUGAUCUCAAACAACAAAAACAUCUUUGUUGAAAAAUACAAUGCAUCUGGUAGGGAAUGGAAAAUUUAUUGCUGUAAUGAUAAAUACAUUUAUCUAAUAUUUACACAAUUUGUACAAUUUUAUCAAUAUAUUGUUAUACAUAUGCCUUAAAAAUACACAUGAAAGUCUAUUUUGAAUUGUUAUUUUUAGUCUUUUUAUCACAUCUUCAUAAUGCAUAAAAACAGAUUAAAACGUAAUCAAGUUUUACACUCAGAAAGCAUCAAACUUAAACAAGCUACACAAUGGAUGUACACAUGAUUUAAACCUUAGUACAAUAUGUGUACUGUGGCAAACAAAAUUAAGCACUAAUAAACUACUUUACAGAACCAUUGGAUUUUGAAAUCAACAGAAUAUACCAUAUGUAUGUUGCCUUGAUGUAGGCUAUUCUCUGUGCUUUCUGCAGUAUACAUAUAAUCCUUUCAAACUGGAAAUGAGGGUUUUUACUUUUGCCAAACCAAUCCUUGUGCAAUUUUUUUCGCAAUAAUGGAAACAACUGAAAUGUACUUCACUAAAAAUUAAAUAUUUAGUUAACCUUCACUAAGGAAGUCCAUGAAAAAUUUGGUAUCCCAUGAAUAAUAAUGCAUCCACAGAACUAUCUGACUGAUUUUUUUAUCAGAUAGCUAUAAUGUUUCACUCACAAGUAUGUCUUACAUCUAAACAGGAUUGGAACAGCACAAUGAAAAGGUUAUAAAGAAAAAAAGCACCAAGCUGAAUUUGAGAAUAACAUGUGUACGAAGAUCAUACAUUUAAAAAGCAGCCAAUUCAUAUCAAUCCAUUUCAUUUACUAGUAUAUAAAAAUAUAGACCUUUUACAGACUUUUCCGUAAUUGAAUGUAAGUUUGUACUAUUUAGAAGUACAAAUGAUGACAACUAUUUGCCAUGCUAUGCUGAAGAAUUUGAUCCAUCCUAGUCCAAAUAAUUAUGACAUCUUGAAAGGAUAUAAUUCGUCAAAGCAAAAAAAAUAAAUAACCUUUCAAGACGUCAUAUUUAUUUGGACUAGAUCCAUCCCAGCUCUGCACAUUAUAGCAAAAUAGAACAGACCUAAAAGCAUAUAGAUCAUAUUUCUGAUACCGACAUAAAAAAGAUUUCAGUAAGCAUGAUUAAGAAAAUAAGUAGCCAAAAUUCUUUAAACAUUUACGUACCAGUAACAGUACAUAAUAACUUAUGGAAUAGUUACAAUCUGAUUACAAUAUAGAUCUGGAGUUCAAGCUUUCCUUACAAAGACAACAGUCCAUUUCUCUUUUUGUUCUGGUGAUUGGCCAAUUUUGUAAUGAAAUUUUAGCCUUCAAAUUU